UGCGCAGGGCGGGGCGAGCGGUCGCCGCUCUCGGAGCGCCACAAGUCCCCGGGAGCGGCCGGGGAGGGGUUCUUGGGCGCUCACGGGGCGUGCACUGGCAAAGCGAGACCAUUUCCCGGCAAGGGCGCCAGUUCCUCUGCUGCUCGGCCGGGAAGUCCGGGGCGGACUAGCGGAAAGCCCUACCGUCCAGGCCAGUUCCCUGGAGCAAACCGAGUGGCCUGGAUGUCCCUGAUUAUUAUUGUUGUUGUUUAUACUGCGAGCACGAAAUUCCUCCCCAGGGCCUCCUCCCCCGCCCGCUCCACCUGCUCCUCCCUCCUGUUGUAACAUGCCAUUAGUGAGACUGCGACCUCAUUUCCAAGGGUGCUAGAGUUCGCAUUCAGCCACCAUGGGGAAUGGGAUGAACAAGAUCCUGCCUGGCCUAUACAUCGGCAACUUCAAAGGAAGCAUGUGGCUGCCACUUUGCCUUUUGAAGACAGUAUCUUCCAGGAAUCCACUUGCUCCCUUAGCAAGGUCUUACCAGUGAUGGAUGGGGUCUUCCACUGAGGGAACAUGCAACAGCAAAGAAGAAAGAUCAGAUGCCAGAGAUGCAGAGCAAUUGAGCAAGAACAAGGUGACACACAUUCUGUCUGUCCAUGAUAGUGCCAGGCCUCUGUUGGAGGGGGUUAAAUACCUGUGCAUUCCAGCAGCGGAUUCACCGUCUCAGAACCUGACAAGACAUUUCAAAGAAAGUAUUAAAUUCAUUCACGAGUGCCGACUCAGGGGUGAGGGCUGUCUUGUACACUGCCUGGCCGGCGUCUCCAGGAGUGUGACUCUGGUGAUCGCAUACAUCAUGACCGUCACCGACUUUGGCUGGGAGGAUGCCCUGCACACUGUACGUGCAGGGAGGUCCUGUGCCAACCCCAACCUGGGCUUCCAGAGACAGCUCCAGGAGUUUGAGAAGCAUGAAGUCCACCAGUACCGGCAGUGGCUGAAGGAAGAAUAUGGAGAGAGCCCUUUGCGGGAUGCGGAAGAAGCCAAAAACAUUCUGGUAAUGUUCUUUCUCCACAGCCACUGCAGGAAUUCUGAAGUACUGGGCCUUUCUCAGAAGACUGUAAGGUACCUGAAGUUUCUGAAAUACCACAAAGUCACAGAGUUUAGGCUGGUGCUGCCAAAAAGAAAAGCAACCUAGAGUUUAUUUUUAAGUAUCCAGAAAUGAUUUGUAAAUUUGGUUUUCAUUUUAAACUGAAUACAUGUGUAAUGAUUUUCUAUGUUGAGAACUAAAGAUAUUCUUCAGCAAGAGAAAAUAUUUUUACCUUAAUGCCACUGCUACAGCAAUUUCUUUAACCUUAACUUUGGGUUUAUAAAGCAAUCUCAAGAGCCCUGCUGCACUGUUUUGGUAACUGUUUAGUAAUCAUGAUUGCUUUUCAUGAGAAUUGUGCUGUGUAAACUCUACUCAUGUGUUCUUAAAUUCCCCAGCUUGGGAAAUACUUGCUGUGUGCUCUACCCAUGGUUUGUGUUCUCCAUGGUGGACUUUACCAAAAGCUACACAUUUUUGUUAAGAAAGGGCCACUGAGCAUUGAACUCCAUGUGCAGUGCACUCUUCCUUAGCUGAGGUGUGGAUGUCAUACAUGUUCCUGCCUAGGAGGGUUGUGAAGCAGGAUCGGAGCCUGCUCCUAUAGUAGUAAUUGCUGGUUUAAUUGCAGAGGCCACUCUAUCCUCCAGAAGGUAGUACAGAGGGCACUAAGGAGAAGUGAAUUAAUUUCACCGUGAGAGAAAAAUUGAUCCUCAGCGUGAACAGAAAGAAACCCAGAAAUUGGAGUCAUAGUUCUCUUGCACAUGGCACCUCUGGAAUUACUGCAUUUAUCACAAGGGUGUGCAGCCCAGGUGUUCCAUGAACAUUUGCUGCACAUUGUUGAAUGCAGUUUACUCUGAUUCCAUAUUCAGCUUUUAAUUUGAAGAACCACAGAGCAAUUUAAGUCAGUUUCCUCAAUUUUCCUUGUCUAAAUCCAGGGGAGGAAGAAGGAGAUUUAACGUUUCCCUCCAAGGGUAAUUUGGGCCUGAAGUAAGGGCAGGUGGAUACAGGAGCUAAUAUACGUGGACCCUUUAACUGUAGGUGGCAGGCUUCACCUAUGUUCUGAGUUUCUGCUUCUAAUGCCUGGAAGCUCCUGACAAGGGCUCAGGGAAGGGGCUGGAAUGAAGAGGACGCUUUGUACUGGUGGCAGCCCCUGCCGGGUGUGGGAUGAUAUGCACUGAUCAGUUUCAGUCAUUAAAAUGCUUAUUCUGACUCAGCAAGCCUGCCUGGAUGUAGCACAGGUAAUCCAGUUUUGAGGAACCUCUGAGUAUUCUCAUGUGCCAGCCCUAAAAGCCCUGAGAUGUCUCCACUUCCCACUUGUGAGGAUGUGCCAGAGCCUUGUCUCUGUGGAAAACUCGGGAACAGUGGCCAAGACAUAGCAUAGAGCCUCAGGAAGACCUCCAUGCUGUGUGUAGGACACGAGGCAGCAGAAUUAGGAAAAAAGGUUUUCUGGUGAUGGACCCAAUCCAGGAGUCACCCAUCCCUCAGGCUAACAUCCUUUCCUGUCCCCUCUUCUUGCUAUAGGACCAGAUCUGGCACCAACAAUAAUCCUCUAAUUGUCUGGUGUUCUGUGGGUUACAAACUAUCACUGCAAAGCUUUAUAAAUCCACAGAGGGUAUUAUUUUAUUCAUUCGAGGCUCAAAGAGGCCAAACAAUAAACCAAAAACAGAAAAUGUUAGCUCUGAUUUGCCUGAAUUUUGAACUUUUGAUCCCGAAUCAGUGGGUUAAGAGAGGGAGGAGCUGAGCUGCCCCUGUGCUUUGAACUUAGAAGUUUGUGAGGCUCUAAUAAGGGCCAAGGGAGAACCAACACCCCUGCAGCAAAGGUGUAUGGCUGCAGAAGCCAGAACCUCUAUUUGGUUGCUUCCACACCCCUGUCUCCCUGGGGAGUUUGGGGCCCCAUCAGUGGAGUUGGCAGUUAGGAAAAUUGGCAAUUACAGAGUGGGUCAUAGGGACUAGUAUAGGUGCUCCUGGUGCUAUGUGUGGGGAAGGGGAAGAGAAACACCAUUCCAGUGGGGUGAGGAAGGCAGUGUUCAGGGAAGGCAUCUUGGAAAAAGUGAUACCUAAUUUGAAACUUCAAGCUUAAGUGCUAGAAUUAGUUGGGGAUAGCUGGAGGAAGGGGAGUCCAGGCAGAGACUCAGCAUGUGUGUUAACUUGGUGGCAUGAGGAAGCACAGUGCACUGGGGUGACCCCAGGUCACUCUGUGUGACUAGAGCAAGAACCAAGGGGUGGGCAUGAUGGUAAGUGAUACAGACAAAGCUGCACACACAAGCAAGGGCCCAGUCAGCCAGGUUGAUACCAUUGCUUAGUAUCUGUAUAGUACCAUAUCUUAGUAUACAGUAACUGGUUUACUUCUUAUACUAGCCCUUGGAGCUAACCAAGCUCAGAGGUCGUGCCCUGCCAGCUUCCCACAGGGCUGAUUCCUGAGCUUAGAGCCUCAUAGGAAGCAUGCAUGCCAUUAUGCGGAUGUAAUGAGUAGGGGUGGGGGCUCGCUGAACUUGCUAGGGUAAGCAGGUACCAUGGUUGGUUGGUGUGUAGGUGGGUAAUGGAGGGUCCACAUUGGAGGCCGGUCGGGGGCAGCUGUUACGAUCAUCCAGGUGAUUGAAGAUGAUGCCCUGAACAGGGUCAUGGUGGUGGAGAAGAAGAGGGGCCAAGGAGGCAAAUAGAUUUGGGCUUGAGGGAGGUUGGGAAGGGAGAAGCAAAUGCUCUUGGUACUGCAUUGAAUGUGGGGGACUAUGGGUUUUGUGGCCUUGACACUCUGGAAUCUUGCUUCCAACACAGUGGUUCUUUGUAUCAACAUCCUCCUUUCCUUUGAUGGUAGUGUAUGGGCUCUGAAAUGUCAAAGUUAGAUUUAAGGGUACUGCCAGACCUAGGGCCCCCAAGGGCAAUCAUCCCAGCUCUGCAGAUUAGGUCCUCAAGUUUAUCUGUGCACCCAGGACAGACUCCCAGGAACUAGACUCAUGACAAUGUGGAAUUCAGAUGUCCAAUUUUAUAAUUUAUUGUGAAAGAUAAAAAAGUAUCUUUAUGAAAACCAAUUUUAUUCCCUAGGCUAUCUCUCUUUCAUUAUCAGGAUUUUGGAGGAAGCCAAAUUAGUCAUUAGGCAUUGUCCUGUGAGAUGGACAUGGAGCUAAGAGCCUUGGCAGGGGCAGGGGAUAAUACUGAUCUGAUAUGCCCCAUAAUCAGAUUGCUAUUCCCAUAACAUACAUAAGUGGUAUUUCUACCAGGAUCCUGCUUUGCUCCCUGAAGUCACCUUUCCAGGGUCUAGCAGACCAUCCUGUUUAUGUACAAAGGUGAUCUUUGACUUAAAUCACCUUUUUUAGAGCACCUUCAUUAACCUUGGGUAUCCUCAUGUGUCUUCAAUAGCAUUUAUGCUUUUCUGUGAGGAUGGGUUCCCACUAGUGGCUUUUUUUCUUAUUUAUUGGGUGCUUGUUCUUUCUAGUUUCUGUCACAGUAGGGAACCCCACUUCCAACUUCUGGCGCUGUUUUGUGUUACUCAUGCAUAGAGACAACUUAGAAAAUCUGGUGAUUUGUGUGCGUGUGUGUGUGUGUGUUUGUGUGUGUGUGUGCACAUACACCUGGGUCUUAUAUUUUUUAGUUUUGUUUUAGAGAAAUUCUUAGCUUUCAGGGGAGUCACGUGUGCAACAUUAAGGGUACCUCGAGCUUGGGUACCUUAGAUGGCAGGUACCUGGGGCAACCAGGGAAAUGUCAAAGCCCAGGUUACACGACCAGAGCCAGUCACAAAGGGCUGCUCUGCAUACCAGUAUCUAGUCAUAAAAAUAGGGAACAUACUAAAAAUCAAAACCCUGUGAUCCCACACUAGAUGACUCCCAUCCUGACCCUAAGUUAUUAAUAAUUUUAUUAAGAAUGUGCUUUCAACAUGCUUAUAUUUAUAUAUGUACUUAACAAGAAAUCACCAAGACUUCAGAGGGAAGUUCUUCUUCCCUUCCCUUUUUAUUGCCCAGAGAAGGGGAGAAACUGAGAAGAAGGAGAAGAAGAAAAAAAAAAAAUGGUGCCUUUGACUUGUCACCGGAGGCUUGAGCAUGUCAGUUGUUCCCUUCUUGGAUUUAGUAGGGUCUCCUUAGGGCUUAGGCUCAUGCACUUGGAUGCAUGUAAUGCAGUGGCCACAUUUCAUCAUGCAGAGAGAUCUUGACACUUUACUCUUGUUUUUCUAUCCGCGCUAUAGAUCUUGAGACCUGUCACUGCAGUAACAGGACGUAAUUAGUUCAGCCAGUACCAAAAUUAGUAAUCAAAAUUAGUAUCUAUUUUGUAGCUGAGGCUUAACCACCUAAUAAGCAUCUGACUAAAGGUUGCAAGUGCUGUGCCUGUGUCUCUUUCCAUCGGGGGAAAGAAUUGCCAGUAUGUAUUUGAACAUCUGCGAGUUUAGGUUUAUUUUGGCUCUGGAUAUCUAUGCAAACUGUUGAUCAAGAGUUAGUAAUUUGCAGUUAAUUUUCCUGAAGUUUCUAGUUCAGUUAUUAGAGUCUGGUGUCAAAAGAGCUAUUUUAGCAGGUGACUGAAAUUACUAGGCAGUUCAACAUUCUGAGUGUGAUGUUGACUGUUUAGAGGUGGGGUUAGGAGAUGUAUUGGAUGGGAUUGUACCUGAGCACAUCUUUUAUUCAAAGGCCUACUUAAGAAAACUAGAUAGGGGGUGCCUGGGUGGCUCAGAUGGUUAAGCAUCUACCUUCUGCUCAGGUCAUGAUCCCAGGACCCUGGGAUUGAGCCCCUCAGCGGGAAGCCAGCUUCCCCCUCUCCCACUCCCCCUGUGU